AUGUUCCUUACAUUGGUGAUCAGUGGGAAGAAUGUCCCUUACAUUGGGGGGUCAGUGGGAAGAAUGUCCCUUACAUUGGAGGUCAGUGGGAAGAAUGUCCCUUACAUUGGAGGUCAGUGGGAAGAAUGUCCCUUACAUUGGGGGGUCAGUGGGAAGAAUGUCCCUUACAUUGGUGAUCAGUGGGAAGAAUGUCCCUUACAUUGGGGGUCAGUGGGAAGAAUGUCCCUUACAUUGGAGGUCAGUGGGAAGAAUGUCCCUUACAUUGGGGGUCAGUGGGAAGAAUGUCCCUUACAUUGGAGGUCAGUGGGAAGAAUGUCCCUUACAUUGGUGGUCAGUGGGGAAGAAUGUCCCUUACAUUGGUGGUCAGUGGAAAGAAUGUCUCUUUAUUUU